AUGUGUUUGGGACGCAGAGCAGAGUCAGUCGAGCGUKAGGGUGYAGCCAUCGUGUUUGAGGCAGACUGGAGAAAUAGGCACAAGAACAAGUACCCGAAAUCAGAGAAAAAAUUACAAGUUGUUAGCGAAAGACGAAAAGACAGCGCAAUCGCAAGUAGACGACAGCUAGCUUAUGAUGAUGAUGAUUGCAAUCAAUCUUACGGAGGACAGCUACAGGACAACKGCCCAGAAACAAUGGUAACUGAUCAUGACGAUCAACUUCCUGCGUAUACAGAUGCAACAUUACAUGGUAAAGAUGCUCUUCAUUCCGCUGGUCUAAAUAAUCCACAGAUUUUAGAUUCAUCUGUAAAUAUGUUGACGAAAGGAGAGAAAUCCAGAAUAAUUGAAGCUGUUAAGACUGGAGUGCCUUCUGUAAUCGCGUCGUCAGUCCUCAGAAAUCAAGAUAUCAAUCUCCAGUGCAAAGCUGAAAUCUUGAAGGAAUUGAAUGAUUGCYUAACCAACCUCUGCAAAAAAAGAAAGCCUUCUGUGCUCAGACAGAAUAAAUUCAAUGACAUGAAAGUAUUUGACUGGAUAAAGUUAAUAAAUGAAAUGACUUAGAGGUGCAAAUUUCUGCUAGACGUAUUUGUUACAGUGGUUCAGCACAAUAAGAAAAAUCUGAAUGACAUCAUCCCUGCUAUUGGGCUAUGCUACUCCAUACUUCUCUACAAACGCAACCAUGAGCUUAGUCUUGUCCAAAGGAUGAACACUGUGUUAUUCAUUGACGGAAAUGCAAAGAAAAAGCUUUAUACAAGAUGCCAAAAAAUGGGGUUCUCUUUAUCCCACCAAAGCAAGUUUAACUUGAUGGACGCUAUAGGUGGUCAUUUUGCAGAUGAAGUUAUAGAUGCAUUCAAGGCAGGAAAGAAACUUCAAGGUACAGGUGACAACUGGGACAUCACAAUCCAUGCUCAUAAAAUGAGAUCCGACCACCAGAACAAAGACAUCCACUACUUUGCUUCACAUUUGAUUGUUGAAAGAGUGACCAGCGAUCAUUUGAGUUCUGUUACCCCUCAAAGGGAUAUAGCAAAACUCCCAGCAGAUGAAUAUCUUUUAACUCCAAAUGAGAAGGCAAAGCUACGUGAAGACUUCAAGGUCUUAGUAGGAAGAAUUCUAGUUACUUUUGUGAAGGCACUGGGAUUUCUUAGAUCUGUGAUUCCUGAACACAUCGCUCACAGGUAUCAAAAAGAAAUGGGAGAGAGGUCUACCAUCAUUCCUCUCCCAAUCCAACUCAAGGAUGAAAAAAAGUAUGACGAUGUUGUGGAUAUCUUGUGUUUCUAUGAGAACACACUUGAUGAAAUCUAUACAAAGGCAGGAGUUAUCCAGGCACCUCUCCUUCAAAGACCUGCAGAAAGGCAUCAGUCAUUUCAAGGCGACCACUCAAGUCCAGACCAACCGGAUGCUCAUGUGAUCAUUAAUGACCCUACUGAUCACAUGAGCAAAGUUUCAGUUCCAUUUGGUGGUGAUCAACUGACCCGAGUCAGGUUUGCUGGUGCAAAAGACCUCCGUGCUGGAUGUCACACAGCCAAGGAUCGUUUUGAUCAUUGCAGUCCUUUUGUGGGGGAAGGAUUCCACACCAAAAUGUCCUAUCUUCAGGUAAGUACAUGUAUACUUGUAUGA